AUGGUAGCUAAAAAAUAUCUUGAAAAAGCGACUGGUGAUCUACACCAUCUUGUUCCGAUCGAAGUUACUGCUGAUGGAAACUGUUUAUACCAUUCUAUUGUUCUUCUAAUGAAUAACCCAGCAGUAACAACAAGUGAAUUACGAGUUCGGACAAUUAUUGAACUUGUAACAAAUGAAAAUUAUUAUGAAAAUAUGUAUUCAAAAUACGUCGGACCUGUCAACAUCGCUAUCAAAGCUAUUUGCAAGAAUUAUACAUUUUCUGAAUUAUAUGAAAUAGCAGCACUAUGCAAUAUACUUCAAUGUAAUAUACGAAGUGUUUAUCCAAAAAUUGAUUUUCAACAAUAUAUGGCAAUUUGCGAUAACAUCUUUACGCCUGUUUUACCUAUUAUUGCUAAUUGUAACAUUGUAAUUAUGUGGUCACAUGCCUUGAAUGAAAAAGAUGCUCGAGAGGCAAAUAAUGGCACAUGGAGUCCAAAUCAUUUUGUUCCACUCAUUCCACCAGCUAUUCAUAAUGAUUCUAACAAUGGUGAUCAAUCAACGUCACUGCCUGUUACUCCUGAAAAAAAUACAUUUAAGAAUAAUACUGUUAGUCAAAUAAGAACUCCUGUAUUCCAGUCUUCUCCUCGUAGACGUCUACGAACUGAAGACAAUAUCGGAAAUAACUUCACUCAACCAAUUAUUUCAGAUUCAAUGAACAAGGAAAAAAAUGAUAAAAAAGAACAACGUCAAAAUCAACUUGAGAAGAAAAGAGAACAAAGUCCUUCAAUUUUUGAUUCACCGUCGUUUUAUUGUCAAAACGAUGUUAUCUUAUACAAAAGUGGUUUAUUUCAACAAAAUAAAGUGGAUAUGUGUGUACUUUGUCAAAAAUGUCAUGGUGCUCUUUCGAAGGGAUCUAUUCCUAAGUUUUCAGCUGCGAAUAAUAUGUGGUUAGGUGAUAUACCUGCUGAAUUACAAGGAUUGACGAUUCCGGAACAAAAAUUAAUAUCACUCUACCGUCACAACAGCUGUAUAAUAAAACUUCAUUCGCCUUUUCACUCAACUACAACUGCCCAAACCGCACUGAAAGGCAACUGCAUUACUUUUCUUCAAAACGUACCAAAUAUCGUCAAUAGUUUACCACUUACACUUCACGAUCUAUGUGAUACACUUAAAGUGAUUUUUAUUGGAGCUCGACCUCCUGAUCGUAUUCAUCUUAAAAAAGUCCUAACAGUGCGCAAGAAAAAAAUUAUUCAAGCAUUACAAUGGCUGAAAAAAUACAAUGUACUUUAUCAAAACGUCAACAUAAAUCUCGAAAAUAUUGCUCAAUUACCAGAAGACGAUGUACCAGAAUGCAUAAUGUCAACAUUAGAACAAAAAUUAAAUGAUGAAGAAAUUCAAUCUGAAAGGACUGGAUAUGUUCCUGAUCCAUUGUCUGAUCCAACGAAAUGUACUACCGCAGACACUAUUCCUAUUAGUAACAGGUUAGUGCAAUGA